GAGCAAUAAGCAAUAAUCCAUGGGCGGAUGUGACUGGAGUUCUUAGUGUGUUCAGUGCCAGUUUCUUCCUCUUUUCCAGUCCUCCCGUGCUUAUCGUUCGGUUCUGACAGCUCUUUUCAUUGAAAGGCAACUACUGUUCUCCCGUAUCACUUCACAAUGGCUGAGGAUAUGAAGAAGUACCUGAAACAGCUGCUUUUGCGAGUUGACAACCUCCUGUGUAUUCUGAUCACGGACAGAGAUGGAGUCCCUAUUCUUAAAGCUGUCAACGAUAAGUGCCCAGAGCUUGCCAUGAGGCCUAAUUUUCUGACCACCUUUGCAAUGGCAACUGAUCAAAGCAGCAAACUGGGACAAGGAAGAAAUAAGACAAUCAUCUGCAUGUACUCAUCAUAUCAGGUGAUUCAAAUGAACAAGUUGCCACUGAUACUUAACUUUGUGGCAACGGCUGACUGCAAUACUGGCCACAUCUUGUCUUUGGAGAACCUCAUUGAGCCUCUCUUGGGAGAGCUUAAAGGUGCUGUGAUAGAAUCCUGAGGAGAACCUUCGCCUGGCCAGGAUUGGAAUGUGGUCAUGUGAAUGACCAUGAUAGUCAGGCGAACAAUACCAGUACUUGUGCUUCGAAUAUAGUGAUGUGUGAAAGCUGUGUGAAUCCUAUUGGACAGUCUUUCUCAAGAGAGUGAACUGAUGUUGAUGAAAGCGGACUGAUUGUUAUUUUUGUGGUGAACUUAAACUGCUUCAAUCACCUUCCUAAGAAAAUUUUGAACUCAAAUUUUUACUCAUCUCCUGUUCUUGUCUUCUUUUUUUUUUUGUUCGAUUAUAAAUAUUUGUAUUAUGUUGUAUAUUAACUGACAGAUGAUAUUGUGAUCAGUUAUUUAAGUUUAAUCUGUUAGAAUAAGAAGGAGAAUUGUUUAGACUGUGUAUAUAUCAUUGUCUUAAAGUCAGAAAUAUUUUAUUAAUAAACUGUUUUAAGAAACUUGAAUACAA